AUGACAACACCGCCCGUUUGGCGACGGCUGCCUAUGCCCACUUCAGCCGACCUGCCUAACCUAUUGGUAUCAACAACAUUCACGACCACAUCAUACACAAUAUUUGUUACAGACCUGGCCAACAUAUGGUCUGAGUCUUUGGAUCGGCGCGCAAUUUACAAGCGCAGCCUCAAUGAGUCCACCAGUAUUGACCCGACGGACAGCGACAGCAACAUGCGAGCUUUCCUGUCCAAGAUUCGAUCCGUCUUUGAUCCCAGCCGCCGAGAUCAUGACAAAGCAUCCAUGUCAAUAUCAACACGCUCCAACAAGGAAGCUGGGGAGCGGGGUUUGACCAUGAGUAUUACUUGCGAGCUGGACAACAUGCAACCUUUGGAAUGGCCGGUGUAUCUACAGAAGUGUCCCCAGUCUGAGCUCACGACAGAACUCGUCGUACCCCUCGCACAAGCAAACUCUGUAGGCCGCCGACAAGUGGAGUCUCUUGCAGAAACCAUCAAGCAGAAGGAUGCGGUUAUCAUGAAGCUUCUGGAUAAGUUGGAAGCUACUGGAACUCGCCUCGAGAACGUUUUCGCCGUCUUGUCAGCAAAACAGAAGCCCACGAGAAAGAUGGCAGAGGAAAAGGUCAAGGGUCUGGCUCCCUUCUCUUUCGAUGAUUGGAAGGCACAGUCUGACGACGGCCCUGACGACGGCCCUGACGACGUUCUCGGUGUUAUUGAGAGUGUCUUCGGCGGGGAUGGACUUGAGUAUAGUCGCAAGGCCGACGUGGUCACUGCAACUCCUCUUGAUGAAUGGUGGGCUAAGCCAGAGGCCCAGCCGGCAACGUCGCUUCCCGAAUCCGAACGAGAGGGGCAUGGUCACAGCGAGCCGGCAAACAAGGGAAUCGCGGGAGAGGAUCAAGACGAUGACUUUCAAGUCCAGUCGACGCCUCCCCAUCUCAUGCCCAAUCGAAAACGUUCCGUACCGCCAUACUCUACACACGACGAUGAUAGCACUGAGGACGAAGAUGAAUCUCACAUUCCAGACAGCGUACCUGUACCUCUUGAAGAGCCCACCAUUCAAUCUAACCGCCUGGGUACGAUAGGGAAGAAAGACCACCCUAAACCAGUAACAAGAUCUUCAGUCCCCGAGGACCCGGUGCCAGCUGCUCCGGGCUCGGAUACCGAAACGGCGUCUGAUGAUGAAAGUGCGGUCUCGGUAGUUGAGGCCUCGCCGCCACUGAAGCCUGCCGCAAGUAAAAUCAAAGGGAGCUUGGGGCGCAUCGGUGGUGGUAGUACCAGUCGCUCAAAGACCCCAGAAUCUCCGAAGAAGGGGGCUUUAAGUCGCAUUGGUGGCGAGCGUCAACGUUCUAAAUCACCAGAGCCACCUAAGAAGACUGGUAUGGGCCGGAUAGGCAGAGACACGCGCCCAUCAAAGACUCCAGAGCCGAAGGCCGAAGAUGCGGAAACCAGGGGAAGGUCUAAAGAGGACACGGAGCCGUUGGCGAAGCUCAGGGAGACGUCACAGGAGCGGGCAGAUCGGAAACGGGACGAACUGCAAAAGGAGAUACAGAAGAAGGCCACAACGGGACCCGCACGGAAGAAGCGGAAAUUCUAG